AUGCCUCCGUCCGCCACCAUCUCACUCAUGUAUGCCCAUGGGGCGUUCGACCUUAAAUACUUCACAGAAAAGCACAUGCCACUUAUAUCAGAGACCUGGGGAAGUGAGGGAUUGGAGAGUUGGGAAGUCAUAGAGUUCGAUCCUGGGCUACCUUAUAUGGUACAGGCAAUGCUUAAGUUCGAAUCCAUGGCAAAAUGGAAGGCUGCUUCGUCGGGGCCGACAGGUAUGAAAGUGUGGAAUGACUUGCCUAACUUCACGACCUCUCAGCCGGAAAUCCUGCAGGGGAAGUCUCGGGGACAUCAUAGGACUACCCUGAAGGAGAAGAAGAUCUUUGGUAGUUGA